GGCGCUGCGAAGUCGAUGCAACAGCCGAUCUGGUAACGAGCUGCCUAUUCGGGUCGCCCAACAUUUGCGACGUGCUCGUCUGCGGUUUGCUGCUGGCUGCGUGGUGAUGUGAGAAUUUGCUGGGAUCGGAUCUCGCCCUCCCUUCAUCUUCCCUCUCCCUCUAUCUUUAUCAUCUUUAUCCUGCUCCUCUCUAUCCUCCUUUCUCCUCUCUCUAUCCUCCUCUCUCUCUGUUCUCCUCCCUUUCUCCUCCCCUAUCUCGAUCCACUCCCUCAUCAUGGAUCUCUCCUCUCUCCGCCACCUCAUUCAAUCUCACCCCCUCAUUGACAACCAUGCUCAUAAUCUGUUGACGCAAUCGGCCGCCUGUAAUUACGCCAAAUACCCCUUCGAACAGAUCACCUCCGAGGCUCAAGGGACUGCUCUGAAAAAUGCUCCUACCAGCUUGCCAUUAUGGCGUGCCGCCGCCCAGUUGCAGCGUUUGUAUGGCUGUGCCUCUGCUGACUGGGACGCCGUGAAGCGGGCCCGGGAUGAAUAUGUGCAGCGCGACUACGACGGCCUAGUGCGGCGAUGUAUGCAGGGCACGCACGCCUUCUUGCUGGAUGAUCUCCUCACCGACCAGGACAUCGAGCCCUAUGCGUGGCAUGACCGCUACGCCGCUGCGCGCACCCGUCGCAUCGUGCGUAUCGAAGCGCUGGCGGCUCGCACGCUCAGCACGCUGCAGGGUAGCGGGACUGAUUUCAACGACGAUGCUGCCAUGCGUGACGUGUGGCAGAAGUUCCGCCACGGCGUCGAGCAGCAGAUCGCCGAGGCCAUUGCUGACCCCGCCGUCGUGGGGUUCAAGUCCGUCGUGUGCUACCGAACGGGGUUGAACGUGCAGGCCCAUGAUGACCCUGAUGACUCCAUCGUCAUCGCCGCAUUGUCGCGCUAUCUGCGUCGCGAGGGAUCCCCGCGGGUCGAGGAUAAGCCGCUGAACGACUGGCUGGUGCGCCUGCUGCUGUCGCUCGUGCAGGCCGCGGGCGUGCGCAAACCGCUGCAGCUGCAUACCGGCCUAGGCGAUAACGAUAUCGACCUGGUGUUCUCGAACCCGGCGUACUUGCAGCCGCUGGUGGCACGCUUUACCGGCGCGGACUUUGUGCUGCUGCAUUCGGCGUAUCCGUAUACGCGCGAGGCGGGCUAUCUCGCCUGUGUCUACGAUAAUGUCUACUUGGACCUGGGAGAGGUGUUCCCCAUGGUCAGCCGCGACGCCCAGGAGGCGAUCGUGCGACAGGCACUGGAGAUCGUGCCGACGAACCGCCUGCUGUGGAGCACGGACGGGCAUUUCUUCCCCGAGACGUUCUGGCUGGCCAACGUGCAGUUCCGUGAUGCGCUGGAGACAGUGCUGGUGAACUACGUGCAGCAUGGCGACUUCUCCCUGCAGCAGGCGCGCUCUGCUGCGGCCGAUAUCCUGUUCCAUAAUUCUAACCGAGCUUACGCUUUGAACGAGACCCUGUCGUCGGAUAGCUUCUCUCUCUCCGCUCGUCCCUCCUCGUCCUCCACCUCGCAGCUGGACAUCUUCCUGCGCGACAACCCCGAUAUCAAAUACAUCUGGAUGCAGUUCCUCGACUACACGGCCACCACGCGCGUGCGCAUCUUCCCCGUGCGUGAGUUCCGCAAGAUCGUCGCCCGCCAGCGCCGCAUCGGCAUCUGCCUGGCCGUGCAAUGGAUGAUCCAGUCCGACUGCGUGGCCCCCGAGGGCUCCGUGACCGGGCAGUUCUACAUGCAGCCCGACCUGGGCACUCUGCGCCGCAACGCCGGCCUAUCCUCUCCAUCCGCCUCUGUCAUGACCUUCUGGCAGUCCGAAACCAACCACGACCAACAUAUCCCCGGCUGCCCUCGCUCCCUCCUCCACAACCUCACCAACACUCUGCAACACUCCCACAACGUCACCGUCACCUGCGGCUUCGAAAUCGAAGUCAUCUUCCUCAAACCCUCCACCUCCGACCCUAGUACCUUCACACCCAGCGUCUCCAACCACUCCUGGUCCCAAAUGACCCCGGACACCCGUGCCCUGCUCCCCAUUCUCGAGGAAAUCGCCGAAACCCUCGAAUCCGUCGACAUCCACCUGGAGCAAUUCCACGCCGAGUCCGCCCCCGGCCAAUUCGAAUUCAUCCUGCCGCCUGCUUCCCCCCUCGCCGCCAUCGACACCCUCCUGCAAGCCCGCCAGAUCGUCACGCACGUCGCCGAGAAACACAACCUGCGCGCAACCCUCCACCCCCGCCCCAUCCCCUCCGCCGCCGGCACCGCCGCCCACGCGCACAUCUCCAUCACCCCGCCCACACAGGAAGACGCCUUCCUGGCGGGCAUCAUGGCCCACUACCCGGCACUGGUGGCCUUCACGCUGUCCCAAGACGCUAGCUACGAUCGCGUACAGUCCGGUCUGUGGGCCGGCAGCGAGUGGGUCGCGUGGGGAUCGCAGAACCGCGAAACCCCGAUCCGUAAGAUCAGUCCCGGGCACUGGGAGGUGAAGAGUCUAGAUGGGUUGGCGAAUAUGUAUCUGGCGAUGGCGGCCCUUUUGGGUGCUGGUUUAGUAGGCUUGAAGAAGGGGAUGCCGUUGACGGUGAAGGAUUGUUUGUACGACGCAGCAACCCUCUCCCCGACAGCGCGCUCAGACCUCGGCAUCACAACGCAGCUGCCCAAAUCGCUCUCCGAGAGUCUUACCGCGUUAGAAGCCGACACCGAGCUGCAGGAUGUGCUGGGUAAGGAGCUCGUCGCGAACUAUAUCAUCGUGAAGAGGCUGGAGGGCCAGAAGUUGAAGAGUCUGGGAGGUGAGGAGGAGCAGAGGGAGUGGUUGGUCCAGAGGUAUUAGAUCUGAAUUUUAUUAGGUUAGAUAAGAACGUGGGACACAGGGGAUUAUUUAAUAAUAUACAGCUUAAUUU